ACACGAGCAGGCCGCUUCCGGAAAAAGGAGAAUAAGGUUUAAGGCCGUUAACCAUUUUGGCUCGGGUACAGGCUGCGUGGAGACCAUCUUUUCCUCAAAGUAUUACUUUCAGAACAUCUGCUCCUGAAGAACCAUCGACAAUAUCCAACAACAACACGGGCGCGUCGUAUAAAAGUAGAAGUUUGUCGAAGGAAGGCUUGACGGGAGCAUCAUGAGUUACGGAAGGCCUCCGCCCGACGUCGACGGCAUGACUUCUCUCAAAGUGGACAACCUGACUUACAGAACCACUCCCGAAACCCUCCGACACGUCUUCGAGAAGUAUGGCCGAGUCGGGGACGUCUACAUCCCCCGGGAUCGCUACUCCAAGGACAGCCGGGGCUUUGCCUUUGUCCGCUUCCACGAUAAGCGGGACGCCGAGGACGCCAUGGAUGCCAUGGACGGCGCGCUCUUGGACGGACGAGAGCUGCGGGUCCAGAUGGCUCGCUACGGUCGACCCCCUGAUUCCCAUCACGGGGGUGGACGCCGAGGUGGAGCACCAAGGAGGUACGGGGGCUACGGUCGUCGAAGCAGAAGUCCCAGACCCAGAAGGCGGAGCAGGUCCCGCAGCAGGUCCCGCUCUCGCUCCCGAAGCCGAUCUCGCUACAGCAGGUCCCGCUCCAGGUCCUAUUCCAGAUCCAGGUCCCGCUCUCCCAGGAACAAGAAGAACAAUGCUAAGUCCCGUUCCAGAUCUCGGUCCAAGUCUGUCAGCCGCAGCCCCUCCCCCAAAAGAGGGUCCAGGUCCAGAUCCAGAUCCAAAAGCCCUCGCAAGUUGUCAGCAGAAAAUGGAGGAGAAUCGCCGUAGUAGGUGUGGACGUUGGAGACGACACGCUCACUCCUGGACAAGGUUGUCUUCACUGCUCAAGUCAUUCAUUUCAUCUUCUUUUUCCAUCUUUGAUUUUAAACAUCUGCUUUCCAGUGAGUGUGCUAGUGUGGCACGGGGACAUUUUUUUUUUUUUUUUUUAGCAGUUCAUCCACUCCCUGUCCAGUCUGGCCACUCAAGCCGUUGAGAAAUGGUGUCAUUAGAUGCUUCAUAGAUACUUCAUAUACCAUAUAAACUUACAACUGUCUUAGUGAGCUGUCAGCCACACGUGUACCCUUUUUUAUGUUGAUUGUAAGAAUAUGGAGUUGAGUUUUGGUGCACUAGGUGUAGUUGUGUAGCAGUGGUUGGUCAUCAUUAAGGUUCUGUUCUGCUGUGCCGACAAGUUGGACCGCUCCAGUGUUGCCCACACCAUGCCUUUUUGUACAAGGACUUGUUUGCUUUUCAUUAAAGAGUUUCUCAACA